AUGUGCCGACAUCAAUUCGGCGCAGAUGUCAACGACUCCUCCAUGGACGUCUCCAAGGCUCGCGAGAUCUUACCCGCCAAUGUGAAGCCAGUCCACUACGACCUGACCCUCGAGCCUAAUCUCGAAAAGUUCACGUUUGAGGGUAAAGUGAUUAUCGACCUGGAUGUUAUCGAAGACACCACGUCCAUUUCUUUAAAUAGCACCGAGCUAAAGAUCCACUCGACCAAGAUCUCCUGUGGCGACGAGGUCAUCGCCGACUCCCCCACCCUUGUCCACGAUGAGGAUAACCAGAUUACCAAGAUUACAUUCGACAAGACAAUCCCUGGGGGGAGCAAGGCUAAGCUCAUCCACACCUUCAGCGGGAUCUUGAACGACAAUAUGGCGGGCUUCUACCGCUCUUCGUUCAAGGCAGAGGACGGGUCCACCACCUACAUGGCUACCACGCAGAUGGAGCCUACGGAUGCGAGGCGGGCUUUCCCCUGUUUUGACGAGCCGGCGUUGAAGGCAGAGUUCACAAUUACUCUGAUAGCGGACGAGAAAAUGACUUGUCUGAGCAACAUGGACGUAAAGUCGGCGAAACUGGUCGACUCGGCCAUGGCGGGGGGGAAGCGGAAAGCCGUGACUUUCAACAAGAGCCCGCCCAUGUCCACAUAUCUCUUGGCCUUCAUAGUUGGAGAACUCAAUUAUAUCGAGACUAAUAGCUUCCGUGUGCCUGUCAGGGUCUAUGCUCCAAAGGACCGGAACAUUGAGCAUGGACGAUUCUCGCUGGAACUCGCUGCCAAGACAUUGGAUUUCUACGAGAAGACUUUUGAUAGCAAAUUUCCACUGCCCAAGAUGGACAUGAUUGCCAUUCCCGACUUCAGUGCUGGGGCAAUGGAGAACUGGGGCCUUAUCACGUACCGCGUGGUUGAUGUGCUCAUUGACGAAAAGGUUAGCGGCGCUGCGACAAAGCAGCGGGUAGCCGAGACUGUGCAACACGAGCUUGCACAUCAGUGGUUCGGCAACCUUGUCACCAUGGACUUUUGGGACGGUUUGUGGCUGAACGAGGGUUUCGCAACGUGGAUGUCCUGGUACUCGUGCAACGUCUUCUAUCCCGACUGGAAGGUCUGGGAGGGCUAUGUCACAGAUAAUCUUGCUAGUGCGCUCUCUUUGGACUCCUUGCGUAGCAGCCAUCCGAUCGAGGUUCCAGUCAAGCGGGCCGAUGAGAUCAAUCAGAUCUUCGACGCUAUUUCCUACUCUAAAGGAUCUUGUGUUCUGCGCAUGAUCUCUAAAUAUCUUGGCGAGGAGACCUUCAUGGAGGGUAUUCGGCGAUAUCUCAAGAAACAUGCAUAUGGAAACACUAAAACUGGAGAUCUGUGGGCAGCAUUGACCGAUGCAAGUGGCAAAGAUGUUGAAAAGGUCAUGGACAUAUGGACUAAGAAAGUUGGAUUCCCGGUUGUCACUGUUACUGAAGAUCUGAGUGCUAGUUCGAUCCACGUUAAGCAGAAUCGCUUCCUGCGUACUGCCGAUGUCAAGCCUGAAGAAGACCAGACUUUGUUCCCUGUCUUCCUUGGACUUCGCACCAAAGAUGGCGUUGAUGAGCAGCUCGCCCUCCGCUCUCGCGAGGCGAACUUCAAACUCAAAGAUUUGGACUUCUUUAAGUUGAACGCCGAUCACUCUGGUCUCUACCGGACUUCCUAUACCCCCGAGCGGCUUCGCAAGUUGGGCGUCGCUGCCAAGGAAGGGUUGCUGACCGUAGAAGAUCGAGCUGGUAUGAUUGCUGAUGCCGGGUCUUUGGCUGCUUCUGGUUACCAGAAGACAUCUGGGGUUCUAUCGCUUCUCGACAGUUUCAAAUCUGAGCCCGAAUUCGUCGUUUGGCAAGAGAUUACGAGCCGGAUUAGCGUUCUCCGUUCUGCUUGGAUGUUCGAGGAUGAACUCAUUCGAGAUGCCCUAAAGAAAUUCCAGCUUGACCUCUCAAAAGACAAGGCUCACGAGUUAGGUUGGACGUUCAGCGAGCAGGACGGCCAUCUUGAACAGCAGUUCAAAGGCAUGAUGUUUGGAAGCGCUGGUAUUGCAGAGGAUGAAACCAUCGUCAAGGCUGCCUUGUACAUGUUCAACAAGUUCAAGGCAGGGAACAGCUCAGCUAUCCACCCGAAUCUGCGAGGCAGUGUCUACGCCAUUGCCUUGAGUAACGGUGGAAAAGAAGAGUACGAUGCCAUCCUCUACCAGGCCCUUAAUGCCCAGACUAGCGACGAGCGUAAUACCGCACUUCGUUCCCUAGGUCGCGCUAAGUCGCCCGAACUUAUCCAACGGACGCUUGCCUUGUCCCUCAGUGAGGAUGUGAAGGGACAGGACAUCUAUCUGCCCAUUUCUGCCCUCCGAACCCAUCCUGCUGGCAUCAUUGCCUUAUGGAAGUGGGUAAAGGACAACUGGGCUGAGCUAGAGAAAAGACUCCCACCUAGCCUCAGCAUGUUGAGUUCUGUCGUAUCUAUCACCACCUCUAGCUUCACCCAUAGAGACCAGAUCGCCGACAUUGAAGCUUUUUUCGCCAAGAAGAGUACAAAGGGCUUCGACAAGGCCCUCGCCCAGAGUUGUGACGCCAUCAGCGCGAAGGCAGCUUGGAUUGAGAGGGACUCGGAGGAUGUCAAAACUUGGUUGAAGGAACGUGGAUACCUGCAAUAG